ACAGAGAACUAUUAAGAAUAUCUAUUUCGAUCCUCUUCGCAGGUUCAAGUUUCAACAACGCCUUCGAAAUCUGAAAUCUCCAGAGCGAAUCCUUCAUUGAUUGACUCAUUCUUUCUAGAUUCUCCGAGUCGAAUCGGACGAGUCAGGGACGAAAUCACGGUGUUACGGAGGCUGUUUCUAGGGUUAAUGGGCGCCGCGGGCUCCAAACUCGAGAAAGCUCUCGGCGACCAGUUCCCGGAGGGAGAACGCUACUUCGGAUUCGAAAAUUUCGGCAACACUUGUUACUGUAACAGUGUAUUGCAGGCCCUUUAUUUUUGUGCUCCCUUCCGUGAACAAUUGCUUGAGUACUGUGCAAAUAAUAAAAGUGUAGCUGAUGCUGAGGAGAAUCUCUUGACCUGCUUAGCAGACUUAUUCUCGCAGAUAAGUUCCCAAAAGAAGAAAACAGGAGUUAUUGCUCCGAAGCGCUUUGUACAGAGGUUGAAGAAACAAAAUGAGCUUUUCCGGAGUUAUAUGCAUCAGGAUGCCCAUGAGUUCCUGAAUUAUUUACUAAAUGAACUUGUUGACAUCUUGGAGAAAGAGACAAAAGCUACAAAAAUGGAAAUCGACAUUUCAUCAUCUCCUGAAAAGAUUGCCAAUGGACCGAAGGUUCCUCAGGCAAAUGGCGUGCAUAAAGAGCCUAUUGUUACAUGGGUGCACAAGAUUUUUCAGGGUAUACUUACCAACGAGACAAGGUGUUUGCGGUGUGAGACAGUAACAGCAAGAGACGAAACAUUCCUAGACCUAAGCCUUGAUAUCGAACAAAACAGUUCAAUAACUAGCUGUUUAAAAAACUUCAGCUCUACAGAGACUCUGCAUGCAGAAGACAAAUUUUUCUGUGACAAAUGUUGCAGUUUACAAGAAGCGCAGAAGAGGAUGAAGAUUAAGAAACCGCCACACAUCUUAGUUAUACAUCUGAAACGGUUUAAAUACAUCGAACAGUUGGGCCGCUACAAGAAGCUAUCUUACAGAGUCGUCUUCCCUCUGGAACUGAAACUCAGCAACACUGUGGAAGAAUAUGUGGACAUUGAGUACUCUCUCUUUGCAGUGGUGGUUCAUGUCGGAAGCGGACCCAACCAUGGUCACUAUGUUAGCCUCGUGAAAUCCCAUAACCAUUGGCUCUUCUUUGAUGAUGAGAAUGUUGAAAUGAUCGAAGAAUCUGCUGUACAGACAUUCUUCGGUUCAUCACAAGAGUACUCGAGCAAUACUGAUCAUGGCUACAUCUUGUUCUAUGAGAGCCUCGGAACAAGAUAGAGAAAAAAAGGCUUUUUAAUGAGUUGACAACAACAUAAUCUCUCUCUUCCAAGCUAUUUUGUGACUUGAAAUCAAGAAGUCAUUUUUCUUUUAACUCCAAAAACAGAAAGCUUGUAUACUAAUGGAAACCAACCAUGUACAAUUUAAUGACAAGGAAGGUUUACUAUUUGGUUAUAAGUUAA